AUGGCUACCGUCAGGCGUUCGGGGACCUGUAUAGUCAGCUUUCAGAGUCUGCUAAAGGUGGCACUUCAUCAUCGUAUUGUGCGAUACAGAUUCAGGGGUUUGGGUUUACUCGUCCGCUCAGAAGUCGACGCCUACCUGCAGGAACGUAUGAAGGGGCCAGACUCUCCGAAAAAGGCGAAUUCAGGGGACCUUCUCAACCAUGCUGACUUUGUGAAGACCUUAUCGCUUGGCAGCCGGCCUACAACUCCCACAGAAACAAAGGAGAAACCUAGCAGCCGAGUAACCGUAGUUCAAGGCGGACACAAUGUACCCCCUGCGGCAGUGUUGGAGUUGACAACGCGCUCCGAACCCGCCAAACGUACUUCUGACAUCGAGCAGAAGUUGGCCGAUCUGUGGUUUUCUCAGACUCUUUACUUCAUUGAAGCAUAUUACCGGAGCGUCGGAUACAUAUUAUACAACCAACUAAGGCUUCAGCAGGGAAAGUUCGAAGAUAUUAAGGCGAAGUCAAUCGGCGACCAGUUGACCAAAUGGAAGACGGCUAACGCAAUUGGGUUGAGAAAGCUAGUGACGGUAUUAGGGGGAAUUGUUGAGGAGGUCAAGAAGGCACAGGGCCCUUGCAUUGUGAGAUCUCUGAUACUCCUUGCCAUGCUUGUCCAAGGAAUUGAAGUCGUUGUUCCAUGA